AUGCAGCUCUAUUUUUCGAUUCUGGUGAUUAUAUGCUCCUCACAGCUUCACAACGUUGUCGGAAAAUGUCGACCUUCGACUUACUCAAUAAACAGCCACUACUUAGCUGGUCACGUGAUGUCCACAAGGAUUGUCUCCAGUCUUUCUGAGUGUGUGAUAAUAUGUGUAACUGAUGUCCACUGUAAAAGUUUGAACUUCCAUUCCAUCGAUGGGUUAUGUGACUUGAAUGACGCAGACAGACGUACCCUCUCAAAAGAUUUUCGACCGAAAAUAGGAUGCAUCUACAUGGAAAUGUUUCCUUCAUUUAAGGUCUGUUAUUUCAAUAUAUUUCCAGUAUUAGAACGCGAGAUUCAGAAUGACUUACCACGAAUGAUGAUAAAUUUUAUUUCCACGUUAUAUAAGCGAACAAACCAGAAAUUUAUCGUUAUUUUGUUCCAUUCGAGAACCAGGCUUAUAUUCUACCAUUUGUCUUGUUCGGUUGAAGUCCUGUGCAGAAAUACAACAGGCGCAGCCUCAGGCAAAGAAUGGAUAUUACUGGAUACAGAUUGGAAGCAGAGAAGCUCAGGUUUAUUGUGAUAUGACGAACUAUGGUAAGUUAGAAAAAAAAGGAACAUUGGAAAAGUUUCAAAAAGAGUCAAAUUAUAUUAUUCGAUCGUUGUUUUUGUAUUUCCUGAGUUACCUUCAGGUUUGAUCACUUUGUACAGAUUAGUUGAAGAAAUUUAACCAAUUUGAAACAAAUUAAUCUGUUCAAUCGAAGUAAAAAGAGAGAAUGUUUCAAACUUUCGACUCACCUCCUUUGCCAGUUCGUUAGAUAAUAACCCAGGCAAGAUCUAACGUGUUGCAGCUUUAAGCUCGAAUCUAACGGUACACUCAAUUUCCUCCUUUGUACGUAAGGAAGAUCUUGCACGCAAUGACUAAAUAAAUAAUUUAGGUGUUUUUUAUCAGGCAGUUAGUCCAUUAAGAUUUUCGAUUAUAAUGUUUUGCAAGCCUGGUUUUCUUAGCUUAGCCAGUUUUCUUUACUGACUAUACUUUUCCUGAAAUUGUUAUCCAUUUCUAAAAUGCAUGAAAUAGGUGGCGGUUGGACUUUGGCAGUGACCAUCAACUCCGCGAAAAACGAUCAUCUUCAGAGCGCUGAAAUGAAUUGUCUCAACUCAAAGCUGUGUGUUCCGUUUACUGAGAACGACAUCGCAGCCAGAAAGCUAACGGACAAAGACAUCCACGAGCUACUACAUUUUGAAGGUUAAGCUAUAAAAUGUUACAAGGUCAAGAAAAAUAUUUAAAAUAUGUAUCAAAAUUUCACGUUUCGCCGGCACGCCGCAUUUAAAAAACACGUGCCACAGUACCUCUGAUCUUUGCACGGGCUAUAAGUGAGCCUGUUACUAAAUUAAGUUCAGAAAAAUACUGACAUGCGCUGUUUUUCCCUCGAGUUACUUAGAUUUAUUAUACAAACUACGGUGUUACACAAGGAUUUCCAGCCCUAAGAAAAGCCGUAACAACACUCUUGAAAAAAUACGAUAUUUUUUCACUUGUGUUUUAUAACGCCAAUCGGCUGCUGAACGUCACUCGCCUUUCGUGCCGGUCAGGUUGACGAAUGAACGGCGAAGUCUUCGCCGUUCUCAAUCCAAGGUCGUUUGUCGGAAUUUUUUCGGUUUAUGGCUGCUAAAACACUGAAAAAUCCGUAUCGCCUAUGCCACAGACAGUGACAUUCAAAGUUUCCUAGAGGGAGAAGAAACCAAAAUACAAAAAGAAAAAUCGAAAGUUACGUAAUCAGUUGUUCUAGUGUAGGUAUUUCUCGCAGCUAAGAAAGAAGAUUUGGCACAGCCGGUUUUGGCCGUUUGCCUGAAAGAUUUUCUUUGCCGGUAAUGACUAAUUCAAUAACUGAGAACUUUGUAGAUUGAAAAUAGGCCCAUUAUUUGUUUUUGUAGUGAUUCAACGCAUGUUUUCAUCUUAAGCACGCCAACAUACUUUAAGAUGUUUAUUCAGGAAUUGUCGAUCCUUUUAUUUUCAUUCGCUUAUUAGGCCGACUUUGCAUGUCAGAAGAGGGCUAUUGUGUUUAUGUGAUAAAUAAAAUAAUACAUGGUUUCUUGUAGAUAGAAAGUUUCUCUUCUCGUCUUGAACUCGACAGCUCACUCGUUCGCUGCGCCAACUUUAAAGUUAUUGAGUUCAACACCCGAAGAGAAAUUCCAUAUCUACGUGCGUCCAUGUAUGUAUCGCGAAGACCAAAUAUAAUUUUUACUGCAACUCUUAUAUUUAUUUUUAUUUAGAAACCUUUAGAGUUGAUGUUCUGGAAAAAAAUGCAUGUAUCACAAAGACAAAAUAUAACUUUUACCGCAACUUUGAUAUUUAUUUUUAUUCAGGAACCUUUAGAGUUGAUGUUGUGGAAAAACAGGUCAAAUAUACCAUAUUUUAUCAGGUACAAUUGAAUACAUGUUCAAGUUUAAUAACUCUCUCUUGAAAGAUCAAACAUGAUUUUUACGUUUUCUUUAUAUUUAAUUUUAGAUUCCGAGUGGUCCUACAAACUUUAAAUCAACGUGCAGUCAUGGAAAGUAAGUUUUCUCGUAAUCAUAUGCAAUGAAUAAUUUCCAUUUCGACUCUUGCUUUAAUUGGCGACAUAGGCAUCCCCAUAAUCCUUCGGGUCACACCGUAACCGUUAACCUGGGGGGGUUGACAAACUUGCACGACCAAGGAAUUGAGCUCUGCAUAAAAAAAGGUUCCUCAUUUUUAAAGCGGUAAUUCUAACCCGUUGACAAUAUAAAAAUAAGAACAAGAAAAACGAUAACAAAAUCAAUGGUGUUACACUGAUAAUGACGACAAUGACGAAGAAAACGACAACAACCACGGCGAUAACGAUAAUUGUAUCGAAAAGAGUAAGGACGACGAAUACGUUUACAAUUACAAUAAGGACAGGAAUGAUGAUAACGAUAAUGAUACAAAGCGAAAAAAAACUUAACACUGAUGAAAUUAGUACUUUUGGAUAAGUAUAAGUAACAUAAUUUCGAGUGCAAUCUGGUGUAAAUAAAUACGAGUAAAUUUUUCAAAGACAACAAAACAGCACAAAGCCGUGGGUGCUUAUUACAACAAAUUGCACUCGAAAUCAUGUUAUUACUUGUUGAUAAUGCACAUGAAAAAAUAUCGCAGAAAAUCAAGACGGACGCAAUUUUUAAAGAGCGCGCGCUAUAUGUAAUUUGCACCCGCGUUUCAACUUUGCUUUGGUUGAAAAUGGCUUUGGGUGGAAAGUUCGGGGGUAGAGAGGGUAGGUUUUUGAAACUUCUCAGCCAACUGGCAUUUUUUUCUUUUAGGCUGAAUGGGGCUUGUGUUAUUCAUUGUAGUUGAAAGCCUGCACUGCAGGAUUGAUAUUUGGGCUUGUAAUCUUACACAAGACAGCCACCGGGCCAACACUCCAUGGCUGGAGGUCGGUUGAGCGUCAAAACCAUGCCUUUGGUCGAGAGGGCAUCGCUAGAACCGAAGAAAAUGCAGGGGGGCUUAACGUAUCAUCAUUAUCAUUGUUACUCAUAAUUGUUACUAUUAGUACCAUUAAUAUUGUUUUUUUUCAGGUGUCCACGCAUAAUCAUAUCACAUUCUUUUCCGUAUCGUUGGGAGACUAACACUUGUACAAACCAGACGACUGGGUAUAGAAUUGCCGGCAGUUGUCACAGAGGUAAAAACAGA